GGGCCGGGAGCGCGGCGGGGCCGGGAUGUGGCGGCGGCUGCGGGCGCUGCGGGACGGCGGGCGGAGAUGGCAGCACCGCCCGGCCAUCCAGGUGACCAACGAGCCCAUCCUGGAGUUCAAGCCGGGGAGCCCCGAGCGAGCAGCGCUCCAGAAGGCCCUCGCUGACCUGAAGGGCAAAACCGAGGACAUCCCAUGCGUCAUCGGGGGGGAGGAGGUGUGGACACCCACAGUGAGGUACCAGCUCUCGCCCUUUAACCAUGCACACAAGGUGGCCAAGUACUGCUACGCCAGCAAGGAGCUCAUUAACAAAGCCAUUAACGCUGCCUUGGCAGCCAGGAAGGAAUGGGACCUGAAACCUGUGCAGGACCGGGCCCAGAUCUUCCUGAAGGCGGCUGACAUGCUGAGCGGGCCCCGGCGAGCAGAAGUGCUGGCCAAGACCAUGGUCGGGCAGGGCAAGACCGUGAUCCAGGCGGAGAUCGAUGCUGCUGCCGAGCUCAUCGACUUCUUCCGCUUCAACGCCAAGUACGCGCUGGAGCUGGAGCAGAGCCAGCCCCUCAGCGUGGACAUCAGCACCAACUCCAUGGUGUACCGGGGGCUGGAGGGGUUCGUGGCUGCUGUGUCCCCCUUCAACUUCACGGCCAUCGGGGGGAACCUGGCGGGGGCUCCGGCGCUGAUGGGGAACGUGGUGCUGUGGAAGCCCAGUGACACGGCCCUGCUGUCCAGCUACGCCAUCUACAAGAUCCUGCUGGAGGCCGGGCUGCCCCCCAACGUGGUGCAGUUCGUGCCCUCGGAUGGCCCCGAGUUCGGGGACACCGUCACCAGCUCCGAGCACUUCUGCGGCCUCAACUUCACCGGCAGCGUGCCGACUUUCAAGCGGCUCUGGAAGCAGGUCUCGGAAAACCUGGAUCGCUACCGCAAUUUCCCGCGCCUGGCUGGAGAGUGCGGAGGGAAGAACUUCCACGUGGUGCACAGCUCGGCCGACGUGGGCAGCGCCGUGAACGCGACCCUGCGCUCGGCCUUCGAAUUCGGCGGCCAGAAAUGCUCCGCCUGCUCCCGGCUCUACGCCCCGGCCUCGCUGUGGCCCCACAUCAAAGAGAAGCUGCUGGAGGAGCACGGGAAGAUCAAAGUGGGAGAUCCUGCCCAGGACUUUGGGACGUUCUUCUCGGCGGUGAUCGAUGACAAGUCCUUCGCACGGAUCAAGAAGUGGCUGGAGCACGCCCGGAGCUCACCCAACCUGACCAUCCUGGCGGGCGGCGGCUGCGACGACAGCGUGGGGUACUUCGUGGAGCCCUGCAUCGUGGAGAGCAAGGACCCCCAGGACCCCAUCAUGAAAGAGGAGAUUUUUGGGCCAAUCCUGACAGUUUUUGUGUAUCCCGAGAAUCGCUACAGGGAGGUGCUGGAGCUCAUCGACACCACCACCCCCUACGGCCUCACGGGGGCGGUCUUCGCCCAGGAGAAGAAAGUCAUCGAGGAGUCGCGGAGGCUGCUGCGCAACGCCGCCGGCAACUUCUACAUCAACGACAAAUCCACGGGCGCCGUGGUGGCCCAGCAGCCCUUCGGGGGCUCCCGCAUCUCAGGCACCAAUGACAAACCUGGGGGUCCCCACUACAUCCUGCGCUGGACGUCCCCUCAGGCCGUCAAGGAGACACACGUGCCCCUGCGGGACUGGCGCUAUGCCUACAUGCAGUGACACUGGGGACACCGAGCCCUGGGGUGACAGCUGCCACUCCACACAGCACUUAAACUACUGAUCCCUAACCCGCCCCGCUUAGGAGUUAUUU